AUGCCAUCCAGUGGGAGCCUCGACACCAGCAGCCCUACUCCGAACCGUGAAGCACUUGACACGCACAAGGGGGAAGAGGAGCCUGAGGAGAACCAGAGCAAGGAGGAGAAGCAGGAGCCAGGGACGCCCAUGAGGAAAGCCGGGCGGCCUGGGCGGAAGCGCAAGCAUGCCCAGCAGGUGGAAAGCAGUGACACCCCCAAAGACAUUGCAGCCAUCCCCAAGUGCCCCCCACCCUGCCCAGAGGCCAGCCCUGCUGAGGCACUGCCCAAUGGUGACGUGGAAGGCGACAGUGCCCAGUGGAAGGGCGCAGAGGAAGGUGGCAAGAGCCCCAAGGGUGGUCGCCCCGAGGAGGACGAGACGGAGAGCCUGCCCGACGGCGAGACGGGCCGGACGCUGGAGAAUGGCCGCUGCACCCCCAAGGAGGGCAUGGACGCCCCAGCCGAUGAGGGUGAGCUGGCCCCUUCCGAUCCCCAGAAGAAACGUGGGAGGAGGAAACUCCUGGAAGCCGCAGAGAAAAGCAAGGAAGAAAAGGAAGAAAACAACUUUGACACCCUGAAAAUGGAGGGCUCCCGUGGGCGGCUGCGUGGGGGGCUGGGCUGGGAGUCGAGCCUGCGGCAGCGGCCCAUGCAGCGCCACACCUUCCAGGCUGGGGACCCCUACUACAUCAGCAAGAGGAAACGGGACGAGUGGCUGGCACGCUGGAAGAGGGAGGCGGAGAAGAAGGCAAAGGUGAUUGCCGUGAUGAACGUGGAGGAGACACAGCGGACCGAGCCCCAAAAGGAGGAGGAGGCCAGCCCCCCUGCAUCACAGCAGCCUACUGACCCUGCCUCGCCCAAUGUGGCCACCACACCUGAGCCAGUGGUGGCCGACGCUGUUGACAAGAACGCCUCCAAGUCAGCUGAUGAUGAGCCUGAGUACGAGGAUGGCCGGGGCUUCGGCAUUGGCGAGCUGGUGUGGGGCAAGCUGCGUGGCUUCUCCUGGUGGCCCGGACGCAUUGUUUCCUGGUGGAUGACAGGCCGGAGCCGGGCAGCUGAGGGCACUCGUUGGGUGAUGUGGUUUGGGGACGGCAAGUUCUCGGUGGUUUGUGUAGAGAAGCUGCUGCCGCUUAGCUCCUUUGCCAGCGCCUUCCAUCAGGCCACCUACAACAAGCAACCCAUGUACCGCAAAGCCAUCUACGAGGUGCUACAGGUGGCCAGUAGCAGAGCAGGGAAGAUUUUCCCAGCAUGCCCUGAGAACGAUGAGACUGACACCUCCAAGGUAGUGGAGAUCCAAAACAAGCAGAUGAUCGAGUGGGCCCUGGGUGGUUUCCAGCCCUCAGGACCCAAGGGCCUGGAGCCCCCUGAAGAGGAGCGAAACCCCUACAAAGAAGUUUACACAGAGAUGUGGGUAGAGCCAGAAGCAGCUGCCUACGCACCACCCCCACCCGCCAAAAAACCCAGGAAAAGCACAACAGAGAAGCCCAAGGUCAAGGAGAUCAUUGAUGAGCGCACCCGAGAGCGACUUGUUUAUGAGGUCCGGCAGAAGUGCAGAAACAUUGAAGACAUCUGCAUCUCUUGUGGGAGCCUCAACGUGACCCUGGAGCACCCUCUAUUUAUUGGAGGAAUGUGCCAAAACUGCAAGAAUUGCUUCCUGGAGUGUGCAUACCAGUACGACGACGACGGCUACCAGUCCUACUGCACCAUCUGCUGCGGGGGCCGCGAGGUGCUCAUGUGUGGCAACAACAACUGCUGCAGGUGCUUUUGCGUGGAGUGUGUGGACCUGCUGGUGGGCCCAGGGGCAGCCCAAGCUGCCAUCAAGGAGGACCCCUGGAACUGCUACAUGUGUGGCCAUAAGGGGGUCUAUGGACUGCUGCGGCGGCGGGAGGACUGGCCCUCACGCCUCCAGAUGUUCUUCGCCAACAACCACGACCAGGAGUUUGACCCACCGAAGGUGUACCCACCGGUGCCAGCUGAGAAGAGGAAGCCUAUCCGAGUGCUCUCACUCUUUGAUGGCAUCGCCACAGGCUUACUGGUGCUGAAGGACCUGGGCAUCCAGGUGGACCGCUACAUCGCCUCUGAGGUGUGUGAGGACUCUAUCACUGUGGGCAUGGUGAGGCACCAGGGCAAGAUCAUGUACGUCGGGGACGUCCGAAAUGUUACCCAGAAACACAUACAAGAGUGGGGCCCCUUUGAUCUGGUGAUCGGGGGCAGCCCUUGCAAUGACCUCUCCAUCGUCAACCCAGCCAGGAAGGGGCUCUACGAGGGCACCGGGCGGCUCUUCUUUGAGUUUUACCGCCUGCUGCAUGAGGCCCGGCCCAAGGAGGGUGACGACCGGCCCUUCUUCUGGCUCUUUGAGAACGUGGUGGCCAUGGGGGUGAGCGACAAGAGGGACAUCUCCCGCUUCCUGGAGUCCAACCCUGUCAUGAUUGAUGCCAAAGAAGUGUCUGCAGCGCACAGGGCACGGUACUUUUGGGGGAACCUUCCUGGGAUGAACAGGCCACUUGCGUCCACAGUCAACGAUAAGCUGGAGCUGCAGGAGUGCCUGGAGCAUGGCAGGAUAGCAAAGUUCAGCAAGGUGCGAACCAUCACCACUCGCUCCAACUCCAUCAAGCAGGGCAAGGACCAGCAUUUCCCCGUCUUCAUGAAUGAGAAGGAGGACAUCCUGUGGUGCACAGAGAUGGAGAGGGUCUUUGGUUUCCCGGUGCAUUACACGGACGUGUCCAACAUGAGCCGCCUGGCCCGGCAGAGACUGCUCGGCAGAUCCUGGAGCGUGCCGGUGAUCCGCCACCUCUUUGCUCCCCUGAAGGAAUACUUUGCCUGCGUUUAA